AUGGCUCCCCUUGCCGCGGACCCCCGCCAGUUGAUGGUUAUCCUCAACCCGGCCCGGCGCCGCGUGUUCUACACCCUGCUCUACGACAUCACGGGCUAUAUGCGCACGCAGCUCGAGCUCAAGGACGGCAAAUACAACGUCACGUCAGCCGCCGGUCCCCAAGAUCGCCCUGCGGGUCCCCUUUUUGUCCCUGACGCUGCGGGCCACGGCGGUCGGAGCAGCCCGAGCCACCCGGACCACGGCGGCUCUGGGGUGCACAGCAAUGAACUCAUAGCUUUGCGGAGAGCUGCCUUGAAGCACUUUGAUGAAUGGCGCAGGGAGUUGCUCGAUAAAGUGAAGGAGAUUGCUUCCGCUAAGGACGAUGACAAGAUCCUCGAAGCCCGGAAGAAGCGUUACGACGAGAUGGAGAGGCUCAAGCGUGAGUCUCCAGGGCUAGGAGAAGACCUGAUCAACUUCGGAGAUGCACCCAACGCCCCAGCAAAGCACGAGGUCGACAAGGAGGUGGCCAUUCUGCAGGAGCAUUACCACCCCAUUCCUAACCGCUUCACGACUAUCCCAGUUGAGGAUCGAAAGGAGGUUCUCAGCUGCCUUCUCCUUCUCAUUCUUUCAACAGGAAGUUACUCGGCUCACUCUAGAGUUCUGGCGCUGUACCUCUGCUCCGCUUUCGAUCUUCCCAUCGCAGCUCUUAUACAGGAGGAGACGGAGAUUGCCAAGUCUCUCGUUGAGUCCUCGACCGCCGCGGAGAACCAGAAGGCCGGGAUGUCAGCUGAUGCAGAGGCCGCGAAACGUCGUGAAGAGAACAAGCAGAGCCGGUUCUGGAAGGUCGGCCUGGCCUCUGUCGCUGGCGCAGCCGUCAUUGGCAUCACCGGUGGUCUAGCGGCGCCGGUCGUUGCUGGGGCGAUCGGCGGUCUCAUGGGCAGCGUUGGACUGGGUGGUGUGGCGAGUUUCCUCGGUAUCUUCUGGAUGAACGGAGCUCUGGUCGGCACGCUCUUUGGCGCCUACGGUGCCAAGAUGACGGGCGAGAUGAUGGAUACUUACGCCAAGGAGGUUGAGGAUUUCCGCUUCCUCCCUCUUAAGGAAGAAUGGGGCAAGGACUACAAACGAGCCGAUCCGGAUGGAAAGCAGGGUGCAAGACUGCGCGUCACUAUUGGUAUCAACGGAUGGCUUACGAACGAGGGCGAUAUCACAAAGCCCUGGAGGAGUUUGGGCGACGAGUCGGAAGUGUUCGCACUGCGAUACGAGAUGAAGGCCCUCUUGGCGCUUGGCGCUGAGCUUCAGGAUCUCGUGUCUUCAUACGCUUGGAACUUCGUCAAGGUGGAAAUUCUCAAGCGCACUGUCCUGGCGUCUCUCUGGGCUGCUCUGUGGCCUGCCUAUCUCAUCAGCGCUGCUACAAAGAUCGAUAACCCGUUCAAUCUGGCUCGCAACCGUUCGGACAAAGCUGGCCGCGUUCUUGCCGACGCCCUCGUUGCGAAGGUCCAGGGAGAACGACCAGUUACCUUGGUAGGGUACUCACUGGGAGCUCGUGUCAUCUACUCGUGUCUGAAGUCUCUUGCUGAGCGGAAGGCUUUUGGACUCGUGGACACUGUUGUCUUGAUAGGUGCCCCUGUUCCCUCAAACCGGGAGCACUGGCAGGUCCUUCGCUCUGUGGUGUCUGGUCGCAUUGUGAACGUGUACUCGGAAACGGAUUACAUCCUCGGUUUUCUGUAUCGCACUACAUCGCUCCAACUGGGCAUUGCCGGUCUUCAAGAGGUUAAGGACAUUGAUAGGGUUGAGAACCUCAACCUCAGCGAGGAAGUCAGCGGACAUCUGCGCUAUCCCAGCUUGAUCGCCAAGAUCCUGACCAGAUGUGGCUUCCCUAAUGUCAAGGGCGGCGAUGGGGCCAUUGAGAAGGACGAAGACAUCAAGCUUACGGACCAGGAGGCCGGUUCCCAAAUGGGCGAGCUUAUUCAGCUUGAAGCGGCGCCGGAUCCAGAAUCGGAGCCGCAGCCGAUCCGGUCCAAGCAGACGGCGAGAUUUCCCAACGAACUUCGACACCCUCUGCACCCCGAGCCUCCGGUGCAGAAGAAGAAGAACCCGAACCGCACUAAGGUGUCCAGAAGCGGUGGUUCUGCAGUUGAUGGAGGCUUCGACCCGUUAGGUGAUCAAGGUGGCGACCCUCUGAACCUGAGUGCUCUGAACCAGGUGAAGAAGCCAAAGUCACCCAGUCAUGAUGACCUCGCCAGCCUGGACUCUGAGUCUCGGCCAAAGCUGCCCCCAAGGCCUGCUGACCCCCUAAAUCUCGGAGCUCUCAAUCAGAAGAGCGAGGAGACUUCUUCCCCCAGAGCUCUGGAGAAGUCGGCGGAGCCAAGGACGGAAGUCGGUCUCCCCUACCGACCUGCUCCUGUUCAGGCAUUCCAAAGCGACGGAGCGAUAGACUCUCAUUCUCGUCCUGAGCUUCCCCCACGACCUAAGACAUUCCCUGUGCCGGUGUAUGAGGAGUCGGACGACGAUGAUGCGAGUUUCAAGGGUAUUCAGAUGGUGGAUAAUGAUGGGGAUGGCGACAUGACGACCUACGGGGAGCCUUUGAGGGCUGAUUAA